AUGCCUGCCGAUGACCCGUUUGCUUUUAUUGCUGCCGAGCAGGGACAGCGCAAACCAGCUAAGAAGUCGCUAUGGAAGGACAAGCUGUUCAACAAGGACAAGAACCGCUCAACACCUGACCAGCAGAUUGAAGCCUUCCUAGGCUCGACACGUCCCAACACAGAUGCCUUUCCACCCCCCAACUUCGAUCCCAGAGGCCUUCCUCCGCCGACGAUCACAACAGCACACCGGAUUCCCUCCGCACAGGACGUCUCGCGCGUGCCUCCACCCCCUAUUGUUCCGUCGGUCAACGAGAACUACACGAGUUUCAACUUCUCGGAUGAACCCCCUCCCCCUCGCAAACCCCGCGGCCGCAAGGGACUCCGGGUGGGUUUCUCGAAUCAAACCCCCGAUGUGAUUGGGGAGGGAGGUGAUGAGGCAGAAGCGCCAACAAUCGAAAUCUCCAGGUCUCGGCAACGAUCGCGCAGUCGGGGUGCUCUGAGCCCGGGCAAUGUGGCCCCCUCACAGGAGCCGUCCCCAUCGCGGGGUAAUGUACCGAAUCUUCGUGUCAACACCUCGCUGGCCGAUGGUGAAGUCAAAUCUCAAUACAAAGCCUACUCCAAGGGCCAGGACGACGGGGCCAAUAUCCAGGACUGGAAACCGCCGCUGAUGCACAACCCUCGUGACGCGGAGUUCCUCAACACGCUGUCUGAGAGCGAUUCCGGUUCGCGUUUGUCCUUCCGAGGGGAAUCACAUUCCUUUGCGGAGCGUGUACGGGACAAGAUGCAAGCCGAGGAAGGCCUCGCGCUACAACAUCGUUUCGAUGAUGAAGACAUCCCGGACGAUGACAAUGACGACUCUGACUAUCCCAGUCCUGAACUGCCCCCGGAGCUGCCCUCGGACCUACCCCCGGAGCUGCCCUCGGACCUGCCCCGGAGCAGUCCUGAGGAGUCAGACUAUGAAACACCCCCACUCUCAAUGGCAGGAACAAACGCUGGCGCUCCAUCUGUCAAGUCGGCCAUCCAAUCCAUUCGCCAUCCUGCUACUCCCGCGGUUCACCGCCAGCCCAUCAAUUUCAGCCCGACUGAGCCACGACUACCGCCUCACCUCAUGGCUGGAAGCCCUCCUGAGAUACACACCUCGCCUCCUCCAAAAGUGCCGGCUCAUGAACAGCCCCAAAUGCCUCAACCAUCUAGCCGAGAGAACCGGGAGCCGUCCCGCAGUCCUCAGCCUCCCAAGUAUACCUUGAAGGGAGUUGCCAAUCAGUUGGGCGACGUUGCAUUUACCGAGUUCAAGGAUUACAUGUCUCACUAUGACAGUCUUCUCCGGCUGGCCGCUGAGAGCGUCAAGCCGUUGAUGGAAACCUCUUUGGCAGAAUGGGUUCGCGCGGCGGUGUGGUGGUUCUUGCGAGGCAAAACACGACUGGAAACGUAUGCCCGCGCUCGAUCAAACUGCCCUCCGAGUUACGCUAAGCAAGCCGUGGUGGAUCUUGGUAAAGCAUUGUGGAUUAACGAGAAUAUCCUACCGACACAUUAUGAACUCGCCCGAUACGGUGAUUCAAUGAGUGUGGACGCGCUCAUGGGAGUCGUCACCACCACAGGCGACCAGGACAUGGCCGAUCUCCUCAGUUUACAUCAGACCUGCAUCAGCCAUCUCCGGUCGCUGUCCAUGUCCAUCAAACGCAACAACAUUCUUUCAAUCAUCGUGUCGGACGUCGACUCGACCAAUCAGCUGGAUACUACGGUGUGGCUGCGAUACCCGUUCUUUGCGCCCGAUGUCUCCGUGGUGCUGUCUGGUUCUGUGUCAAGAUCGAUGUUGGUGGACCACUCAGGCAGGGCACCUAAUAUGAUCCACAUGAUGCCGAUGGGAGACACGAACCGGUUCUUCACCUACGGUAGUAUGUUUGUGCAGGUGUGCAUUAGCUCCACCGACGAUGAAGGCCAGCAAUACGCCAUGCCCUGCGCAUUGACCAUCAUUCGAGAACGGUCAGAUUGGUACGUGCACGCUGCCAUCACGAGCCAGAGUCAACUCGUCAAUAUCAUGAUCCAAUCCGACCGCAAACAAGGACCUACAUGGGAUGAUGUGGACUGGCAAGUGCGGGCGCAUACCAUGCGGGUCAAGCUCCCGCGAGGAUUCGAGCUGGAUGUGAUGUUUAAAGAGGAUGAUUUCAAGACGUUGUGGAAUAUUGUCAAAUAUACCCGCAAGUCGGAAGCCAGUCUCCAACCGGAAUCCGGAGAGAGUCUGGUUUUUGAGAGUACUCUCAAGGUCUUCCAUUACAUGGACCCAGGCACGCCCAAAGCCUUUCCCUCGGAGCCAUUAGAGCGAUGUCGAAUGCGUUUGUUUGAGCGGUCGAUGAGAGUGACCGAGGGCACAGGGACGCGCAAUGUGCACCAGGGCUUCCGGCUUGUUGUGUUGACAAGCCCCAAAGUGAAGACGCUGAGUUGCGUGCGUCACAUUAUGGGGAAUGGCACGCCUGUUGUGUUUGGUCUUUUGAGGGGCGAGAAUGGAGCUCCGGCUCUGCUGCUCAAGGUUACCGAGGAUGGACGCAUGCGGUCCAUGUUGAUGACCUUCCAUGAGGUGGAAGAGCGCACCCGGAUGCAUUCUUUGCUACUUGGCAUGUCUCCUCGAGACGGGGAAACCAAGACAUCGGAAAUCCCCACCCGGGGAUAUUCAAUCGAACAGCCUGGGGAUAAAGCUACCGGUUUGCCGCCGGUCACUUAUCUCAAGUUCCCUGCCGGCAACGUGUUUGUGAUCGACCAGCAGCAUAACUUUGUAGAGCAUGGGUAUGGGCCUACGAUUCUGUCGGAGCAUUUGAGAGCUUUUGUUGCUACCGAAUGGGGGUCGGUCACCGAUCGUAUCAAUCUAGGUGGGAUUACUUUCGUUUAUAUUCCUUGUUAUCUGCUAACGCAAUUCCCAGGGCCUGGUGAAUUGAAGUUGAGCCUGGAUGUCUCUCGCAAAACCAGCAUGAGCCUGUUUCGGCCCGCACAGCAAGAUCUGACUCUGUCGCUGGCCGACAACCUGAUUCGCCCCGAACUGCCGGAUCAGUUGUCGGCGUUCCUGGAGAAGCUCACUGCGAAGCCAAUGAUCCGCCGCUUUGACUUUGGCUCGGUGAAGGGUAAGCUCUUUUGGGGUGGGUGCCAUUUCAUUGCUGAUUUUGUUCAGAUCUCCAUGCAUUCGAAGCCGCCGUGA